CGUGGUGGAUUUUUCACAAGAAAUUAUUUUUACAUGCUGUCAUUACAUGCUGCUGAACAGAGUCUCUGAUCUUCUUUGCCAGUCCAGUAUAAACACAGAGGUGCCCUGAAGAGGAGAAGGGGCUUCUGCUCUCUGAAUGAGAAAUGGACGGUGAACAUGGAUGGUAUCGGCAGGUGGACGUCCAGGCCCACGCUCAUUACAUUGUUGCCUUCUUUGUCUUGGUGAUUGGAACGGUGGGCGUUACUGGGAAUGCCUUGGUCAUGUAUGCCUUUUUCUGUAACAAGAAGCUACGGACUGCCCCAAACUUUUUCAUCAUGAACCUUGCCAUCAGUGACUUCCUCAUGGCCAUUACACAGUCACCCAUCUUCUUUGUAAACUCCCUCUACAAGGGCUGGAUAUUUGGUGAAACAGGCUGUAAAAUGUACGCCUUCUGUGGGGCUUUAUUUGGAAUCACUUCCAUGAUAAACCUUCUGGCCAUCUCUCUGGACCGCUACAUUGUCAUCACCAAGCCUCUGCAGGCCAUACGGUGGACCUCCAAGAAGCGCACUUGUUUCGUUAUUGCCCUGGUUUGGCUGUACUCACUAGCCUGGAGCCUUGCACCCCUUUUGGGGUGGAGUUCAUACAUACCAGAGGGCCUGAUGACUUCAUGCACAUGGGACUAUGUGACAUCUACUCCAGCCAAUAAAAGUUAUACUUUGAUGCUAUGCUGCUUUGUAUUCUUCAUCCCGCUGGGGAUUAUAUCCUAUUGUUAUCUGUGCAUGUUCCUGGCAAUCCGUCGUGCAAGCAGAGAUGUAGAGAAGUUGGGCUAUCAGGUGAGGAAGUCAACCCUGAUCCAGCAGCAGUCCAUCAAGACUGAAUGGAAGCUCGCCAAGAUUGCCUUUGUGGUCAUCAUAGUGUUUGUGCUUUCCUGGUCGCCCUAUGCAUGUGUCACCCUCAUCGCCUGGGCUGGAUAUGGAAGCAUCCUCACUCCCUAUUCCAAGGCUGUUCCUGCUGUUAUAGCCAAGGCAUCAGCCAUCUACAACCCUUUUAUCUACGCCAUCAUUCACUCUAAAUACAGGGACACGAUGGCAGAAAAUAUUCCCUGUCUACACUUCCUAGCCCAGGCCCCCAGGAGGAAGUGCAUAUCAGUGUCACACAGCGAGUCGUCGCUCAGAGACUCAGUGAUGAGCAGACAGUCAUCUGCCUCCAAAACCAAGUUUCACAGAGUUUCCUCCAUGUCCACGUCAGACACACAGGUUUGGAGUGAUGUGGAGCUGGACCCUAUCGACCAGAUCCAUUGUGUGAGGUACAGCUAUUCCCUGGGAGCUCUGAAGGACAAAGAACACAAAUCAUUGACUAAGCAGAUCAAGGAAACGGGAAGCCAAAGCCUGGAGCAGGUAGGAUCAAAAUCUCAGAGCAAGGCUCACUAAACAGAUAUGAACAUACGCUAAUGCCUGAGCCUGUCAGAGG